AUGAUACGAAGCGAGAUCGCUUUCGUCGAUUUUAAAAACAAUCCUGAAGCUGCGAGAGAAGCGAUUAAUGCAUGGAUUGAGAAAGAAACCGACGACAAAAUUAAGAAUCUAAUUCCUUCCAAUGGAAUUAGUUCCCUCACUAAUAUGAUCGUUGCCAAUGCCGUCUAUUUCAAAGAAUCUUGGUUCCAGUCUUUCGAUGAGAUGAAGACAGUUCGAGGCCGAUUCACAACAGCAGAGAGGAAAGAUAUAUUCGUAAACAUGAUGGAAACUACUGGUAGAUUUCUUUACGGAAGAAGCGAUGUAUUGCAAUGCUAUGCUCUUGACCUUCCUUAUACUGGCAAGACCUUAAGCAUGACCAUUCUUCUACCAAAAAAUCACUAUCGCGGGGUACGUGAUCUAGCAUACAAUCUGACUCCUAAUCGUCUAAGAAAUCUUUUAGACAACAUGUAUCCAAGAGAGGUUGAGGUUUAUGUCCCCAAGUUCGAAGUCGAAGAUACAUUUGAACUUUCAUCAGUCCUUAACAAGAUGGGACUUCGAUCCCUUUUUGAUCCCAGCAGAGUAGACCUGUCAGGAUUCACUGGGCUAAGAGAAUUUACUGUCGACUCUGUUUUGCACAAGGCAUUUGUCAAAGUUGACGAAAAGGGAACAGAAGCUGCUGCUGCAACAGGUGUAGUAUCUUCACGAAGUGCAUGGCCUGAGGAGCCUACAAUCUUCAAUGCUGACUAUCCUUUCGUGUUCUUUAUUCGUGAUCGUAUAAGUAAUGUAAUUCUCUUCAUUGGAACCGUGCAAAAACCACCUGAAGUCGAUGAAGAAUGA